UUGUGGAAGUGUAGCUCCUCACACGUGUACUGUAGUGGUAGCAGACGACAGUCCCCCGUACACCCGCACAAUGGUCCGGAAGCUGAAGUACCAUGAGCAGAAGCUGCUGAAGAAAGUGGACUUCAUCAACUGGGAGGUGGACAACAAUGUGAGCGAACUGAGGGUGCUGAGGAAAUACCACCUGGACCGGCGGGAGGACUACACCACGUACAACAAGCUGAGCAGGAGUGUCCGGGAGCUGGCGCACAAGAUCAAGGACCUGGAGGAGAAGGACGCCUUCCGGGCCCAGAGCACCGGCCGGCUGCUGGAGAAGCUCUACAGCAUGGGCCUGGUCCCCACCAAGCAGAGCCUGCAGCUGUGCGACACCGUGUCCGCCUCGUCCUUCUGCAGGAGGCGCCUGCCCUCAGUGGUGGUCAGGCUGCGGAUGGCCCAGAACCUGAAGACCGCCAUCACCUUCAUAGAGCAGGGGCACAUCCGUGUGGGGACUGAGGUGGUGACCGACCCCGCCUACCUGGUCACCAGGAGCAUGGAGGACUUCAUUACCUGGGUGGACUCUUCCAAGAUCAAGAAGCACGUUGUGGAGUACAACGAGGAGAGGGACGAUUUUGAUCUUGGUGCAUAGGACAUUACUGCCACAGACUGGAGCAGGUCAUGUGCUGACCCCCAUGUUAUCCCGGCCCCCCUAGGGCUGUAAUAAAGGGUUUGGCAGUUCUUGUAAAUUG